CAAAUUCGCAAAUGAACAAGUAUUCGGACCGAUCUAACUAUUGUAACAACAACAAUAGUUUCUAUACUUCAACGCUAAUUGUAAAAAGGUCCUUUCAUAGCCAAUCAUUCGCUUAGAAGAGAUGGCGCCAAAACCCCAAUUAAUAUAUUUAUUAAUUUGUGCCUUCUUCAUCGCACACCGAAUUUCAACUGCUUGUGCACAAACUCAGCAUUCGCAUAGUGUGGAGGGAUCUUCUUCAAAGUCUAUGGACUCGUUUGAGUCAGCAUUACAUUACAUGACCCCAGCAAAUGAAACCGAAGUAAUGACGGCAUUAAUGAAUCAAUUGUUAAUCGAGCUAGCAGUUAAUGACGAAAAUAAUUCAAAAGCUGAACCAUUAUCAGAAACUGAACGCCAAGAAGUUAAUGUAUUACUUGAACUGGCUUUGGAAGAACUAAACAACAGUACUAAGUUGGCAGGAGACCAGAAAGUAAACAGCGAAAAUUUCAGUAUGCCGUAAAAGUAAAAAAUAAA